GUCUGAAGAAAAGCACAACAAAGGAGCGCUGCGAGCAACAAUUGGAUAUAAAUUAAACAUUGGGACCUAAGAAUUCUUAGUCUAUACUACGACAUGACGGACCCGGCACCGGCCACCAAAUGUGAUGAAGCGAUUGCAAAGUUGAAGGAAUUUGGCUAUGCAUUCGAUGAAGGUGGUGUACUGCGUCAGAUCGAUCCAGCCACUGGGAAACCGGGCAAGGAGCCGUACACCUACGACAUUAAGGAUGAUGCCGACGAUAAUGAGAAGCAUUAUCAGAAUCUUGCUGAGCAAAUACCGAACAUUAUCUAUGCGCUGCUGGAGAAGAGUGGCCUGAGUCGCACCUACGUACCCUUUGGCAAGCCUCCAGAUCGCUCGUCCUUUGUGUACUCCCAACCAGCGAAGUUGGCGCAGUCUAAGAAGUUACUCGUGCUCAUUCAUGGCAGCGGAGAAGUCCGAGCGGGACAAUGGGCAAGGAGCCUUAUCAUCAACAAUUCUUUGGAUCAUGGAUCUCAGAUGCCGUACAUACGACAGGCACAAAAACUGGGCUAUGAUAUCCUAAUCACCAAUACAAACGAUUGCAGACGGUUUUAUAAUGGUAAAGCGAAUCCCAUUAAGGGCGUGGAGACUUCCACAGAGCAUGCCAAGUAUGUGUGGAAGAAUAUUGUAUUGCCAUCGGACCCAGAGAGUGUGGCCAUAGUAGCACAUAGCUAUGGAGGCUACGUGACCAUCGAUUUGGUGAAUAACUUUUUGGACUUCUUCAAGGAGAAGGUCUUUGCAAUCGCUCUCACUGAUGCGGUUAUUGGUAGUCCUCAGUCCAACUGCGAGAAUUACCUGCAGGAAGUGACCUGUGAUUGGGUGACAAGCAACUCUCCGCUGGACACGCCAAUUUCCUCAACAAGGGAUAAAAUACGACGUGUUUCGGCUGGUCAUACCAAGCAUGAGUGGACCUCGUACUCAGCCAUGGAUUCCGUCUUCAAAUUCUUUGAGGAAAAGUAUGAGCAACGUACGAAAGUCAAGUGACAAGGAGACAUCCCUAUCAUGCAGCAUUUUUAUACAUAUAUCUUGAAGAUGUGAAUAUAAAUUAUAUUUUACCGCCUGA